AAAUAGUCGAUAGGUAGGGGGGAGAGAGAGAGAGAGAGAGAGAGAGCACUUUUACAGUACAGUGAGAUCUCGAAGAGUGAAAAAGAUCGAGAGAAGAGAGAGCGAAGGAUGGAGAUUAAAUGCCCCGUCUCAGGAGAGACAAUUCGAAUGCCGGUGCUUUCAAAUCGAACGGGAUCAGAGUCAUACUUCCUUACGGAAUUCGAAGACUUAGGCAUUAUAGGGAAAGGUGCUUUCGGCAUCGUGAAAAAAUGCCGAAAUCACCUUGAUGAUGGCCUUUACGCAGUGAAGAUCGUCUCUGCGAGCUCUAUCAGAUUCGAGGAUGUUUUGCGGGAGGUAAAGGCACUGUCUGGCUUGCACCACCCACAUGUUGUGCGCUACCAUCAGAUUCAGUUGUUGCUUUUGGCUAGGAUGAUGGUUAUCUUCACAUGUCUGUUUCCUCUUUCUGUUUUUCUGAAAUCUUUGGAGGGCAUCAAUUUUACCCAUGCAAUUAAUUUGAUUGUUUGUACACAAAGGUGGAAUGCAUCCAGAGCAUGGCUUGAGGAGAAUUUUUCUGGUGUUUCGGACUGUUCAAGUGAUGAAAGCUUAACUGAAGAUUCACCUCUGGGUUUCAAUUUCGAGUCUCAAUGUUUGUACAUACAAUUGGAGUUCUGCCCUAGACCAUUGGAGAAGUUUCUGAAAACUUCACACAAUUUGGAUGGACAAAAAGUAUGGAAGCUUUUUCGUCAAAUCAUGGAAGGCCUGGCUAAAGUCCAUGUGGCUGGUGUUGCACACCUGGAUCUGUCUUCAGCUAAUGUUUUAUUAGAUGCAGAGGAUAAUAUACGCAUAUCUGAUUUUGGCUUGGCUCGACUGUAUGACCACCAAACAAAAGUUGACACCAUGGAUGAUAUAUUCGGCCUUGGUCUCAUUUUUGCUGAGCUUUAUAAACAUUUGCUCACGGAGCAUGAGAGGUCUGAGCUUUUACGAAAUCUGAGGGAGAAGAGAGAUUUUCCAGAAAUCUGGAUUAAUGAAGAACACACGCAGUUAAUGCAAACAAUACCAUCUCUUCUUGCUGGUGAGAGCUCAUCUCCAAGUGGAAUGCGGCAGCAACAGCAACAGGUUUCUUCUAGUUCAGAUAAACAAGAAAUACAAACUCUUGGUGACAGUGAGGGUAAAGAGCCUGAUUUGAAGAAAAUGAGGUUAUAGUGUUAUAGCAAGUGUACCGUGUAAAUAACAGGGGAGACUAUUCUUGGUAGAACUUAAGAUCCUCCUUUAGAAUAGAAUUUGUUUGAAACUGUUUUUGACUGUAUAUGACAAUGCAAUUGUAUAUAGAAUAAGGUCGGAGGACUGCUGAAAAUAUUACCCUUAGUCAAGGAGAUGAAUUUGUGAAGAUUUUCUUAGUUACCAUAUGUAAACAAAAUUACCCAAUAAUGACCAUAAAGUUGGAAAAAGAUAAGCUUCUAUCUUC